UCUUCAUGUGACAAGUCGGACAACAACAGAAAAUGGCGAAGUUUGUGCUGCUUGUGUGUGCGACCUUUUUAGCCGUGUUUUCUCCAGUGCGAAGUUUUGGUGAACCGAAAAAUAUAGAUCCUAAUGACGAAGGAGCUCAAAAGGCAUUGGGUUUCGCCAUGACUAGGGUGAACGAAGCUUCUAAUUCCAUGUUCCAAGGAAAGGCCGUGAAGACGGUCAGCGUCACCAAACAGCUUGUUGCAGGAAUUAAGUGGACAUUCAAGUAUGACUUUGGCUACACCAAGUGUGAUAAAUGGGCAGAUUUGGAAAAGCUGCCAUUUGCUGAGUGCAAUAGAGUGACAGAAGUCCAGAGGUGCAGUGUGUCUGUUUUGGAGCAGGUUUGGGAAACUCCAAGGUACAAGCUGCUGGACAUGCCUAAAUGCACAGAAGCUGUGAGCAAAGAUCAAACAAAACCAGAAAAAACAUUGAAAAAAGACUCUCAGAUCGAGGAGAUUGUUAAAGAGUUUGAGGCCAGCCCUUUACUGAUUGGGGGUGUACCCAUGUCGGAUAACAAACUCUUGGACCAGCAUAAAAAGAUGUUUCUGGAGUUUAAGCAGAAAUUCCAAAAGACAUACAAAGAUGAUCUUGAGGAGCAAUAUCGUUUCCGUAUCUUUCAUGAAAACAUGAGAGUUGUUGACCUUCUGAACAAGAAUCCUGAUGACAGUGCAACAUAUGGAGCCACAAAGUUUGCAGAUCUGUCCAGAGACGAAUUUAAGCAGUUCCUUGGCCUGAACACAAAACUGAACAAAGGGAAUAGAAACAUGAAGCGAGCAGUGAUCCCUAAAAGCUCGCCACCAGCGGCAUUUGACUGGAGGGACCAUGGCGCUGUCACCAAAGUCAAAAACCAGGGUUCCUGUGGUUCUUGCUGGGCAUUUUCAACCACAGGAAACAUAGAAGGGCAGUGGGCUAUCAAGAAAAAGGCACUUGUGCCUUUAUCUGAACAAGAACUUGUUGAUUGUGACAAGCUGGAUGAAGGCUGUAAUGGAGGACUUCCAAGUAAUGCAUAUGAGGAAAUCAUACGAUUGGGAGGCUUAGAAACAGAAACUAAGUACCCUUACGAAGGAGAAGAUGAAAAAUGUGCCUUUGUCAAGAGUGAUGCCAAGAUUUACAUCAACAGCUCUGUUAACAUCUCCAAGGAUGAGUCAGAGAUAGCUGCCUGGCUUGCUCAGAAUGGACCCGUCUCUAUUGGUAUCAAUGCUUUUGCUAUGCAGUUCUACUUCGGAGGAGUCAGCCAUCCCUGGAAAAUUUUCUGCAACCCUGACUCCCUAGAUCAUGGUGUAUUGAUUGUUGGUUACGGUACCUCAAGUUCAGGUGAACCAUAUUGGAUUGUGAAGAAUAGUUGGGGUGAAAGCUGGGGGGAAAAGGGCUACUAUUUGGUGUACCGGGGUGAUGGAACUUGUGGUUUGAACCAGAUGUGCACUUCAGCAGUAGUGGAGUAAUUAUAUGAGGUGGACUUCUACUUUGAGAAAGGAAGAACAUUGCUUCCCAUGCAUUCACCUUAAACUGAACAAUUCAUUAUAAAGCCAUUCAUUCAUUAUGCUGCUGAAAAUGUAUUUUUUUUUUUUUUUUUUUUUUUUUUACAUGAACAACAAAAUUGUCAUAGCUGUCAAGGCAUGUCUUGCACUGCAUGCUGUAGAUCUCGUUCUAACCAAGAUCAUCUAAUAGAAAAUGCGCAGAUUCAUAUGCAUAAUAACUGUUUAUUGGACUGUAUUAAAUCUGUAUUUUAUACCAUAAACAAGAGAUCUGUAUUUGUUCCAUGUAGAUUAUUAAACUUUGGUUGCAUUUUGAACAUUUUAAGCUAUUCUUUCAGACUUUGUGUUAAAUCUGUAUUUUAUACCAUAACCAAGAGAUCUGUAUUUGUUUCUUGUAAAUUUUUAAAACUUAGGUUCCAUUUUGAAUAAUUUCAGAUUUUCUUUUUCUUGGGGCAAUGUCUUUUGAAAAAAAAAUGACAUUCAAUUAAGUAUGUACAACUGCCUCUCUUCUUCCUCCUUGGGUCUCGUUAAGAUCUACUGUUUGCAUAUCAAAGAAUUAUCAGAGUGGUCACUUUGUAAUGUGUAGACCUACUUCUUGAGCUACUUCAUUUGUCUAGCAGGAAUAUUGUCUUCAGAAAGUUUAGACUCUAUAUAUUUAAUUUUUAAAGUCUAUUUAUAUUUAGAAAUGAUACAGAUAGUAAUGUUGAGUUAACCAAAUCUCUUAGGAAUUGUAUUUAAUGGUGAUUAUUAGCAUGUGUAGGAUAUUUUGAGUUUAAAAUAAAUACCUCUACUCUGCCUGGUGCAGUUUGGUAUGUAUUUGUGAUGUCAAUGCAUUUGCACUUUAGUCAAAUAAAAAUUGUAGAAUAACUA